AUGGCUGCCUCUCACACAGCGACCGUCCCGGAUACACCAGACCAAUAUAGAAGCAACAGUAUUAAUAAUACAAUUGGGAGAACACAAUUGGGUGGAGCCUGCAAUUAUACAGAUCUGAAUUUUGGAACAAAAUGUGGAUGUUAUGAAUUCUGGGCUCAACCUCAGAAUUCGACGGCCAGCGCAAUAUUAGAGAAUGGAGGGUUGCCUAGAGCGGAAGUCUGCGCAUGCGGACAUCAUCUUUGUUUUCAUGGUCGUAAAUCUUCACAGCCAGCAGAGGACCAGCGAUCACGAGCUUUAAGUAAUGUCUCGGGACUCAAUUUGGAGUCUAUUACUCCUAUGGCUCAAGUGAACCGUCAGCCAUCUACUCCCAAGAAUCUCAACGGACCUGAAAAUGACAACCCGGAUCCCGCUCGCCGAAGUAUACAGGAAACCCUCGAAUGGAGCCGGCUUGUACAAUCUGAAACCGGACCAGAGGAACUCCCGCCAAUUCCAUCGCAGUGCUUCUUGCCCUCAGAGACUGCUUCAAUGACCUCGAGCCAGGCUAGGCGGCCUUUCUUUGGCUUGGGGCUCAAUACCUUGAGUCAUAUUCCUCGACUCAACACGCAAUUGCAAGCUGUACAAACAGGUAAGAGACGACCUAUACAGGCUUAUAAAACCCCCGAUGGUCGAACAUUUCUUGAAAGUCCUACCGAGGUAUUGACAACGGCACCAAGUCUGCAAGCAACCAAGGAUUUCGCAUUUCAAGGUGUCCCAGAUGAGCAAGCUAUGGAUAAAACGCUGGCAAAUAUUAAUAUCAAACCUCAAGCUGCUACUCUACCUCUACGCUCCAAUAGAUCGCCCUCAAUCCAGGCUUCUCAGACUAGACCUGGACUCAGUGACCAAGAGGAUAUUCUCAUGGAUCUCAUAGCUAAUUUCGAUGAGCCCGAUAAGCACCUUGUCCCCAGACUUCGUGAUAUCAUAACAGAUUUUCCAAAUACCAAGCGCAACCAUGAGGAGAGAAUCGAUGCUCUUGAGAAUACAUCAUUCUCAAACACUGGGUUUGAGGAGCUCCAAGGAGAGAUUGAUGACCAUGGUGAACGUAUCAAUGAGCUUGAGAAUAGAGUAGAAGAGCUCGAAAAGGUUAAUGCUGCAGCUGACGAGAGCAGUAUAGGUACUAAUAGAAACCUGAAUGAGUCAUUCGAUUCUCAGGCAACCAAAACAUCCUCUGCUCUCUCAGCGAAUGCUAGGGGCCGCUCUGGUCUCGCGUCUCGUGUGGAAAAGCUUGAAGAUAGACUCACUCAGAUAGAAGCUACUCUUCCACCAUCAUGGGAUCGACCAUGGGAGAUUGAAGUCGUAUUCUUACCAUAUGGACCCCAGAUGAUGGGAAUUUGGUCUACGAAUCACGCAAUAUCCAAACGCUCAAGGGCUAAUAGUUGCGCAUCUGAAGAUUGGACUCAAACUCAACAAAACGUCUUGGCUGCUGCGCAAGCCUCUCUUUGCGAUCAAGGUUAUUCUAUGUCCUGGGAGAAGAUGAUGCUGAAGAAAGGCAAUGUAGACGAUGAUCUCUUGAUGCCGAAAGCGUGUGGUGCUACCACUACGAUCAAUGAACGCUUGAAGAGCAGAGGUUUAGUGAAGGUGGUGCAAAUCAAAGGCCCCGAUGCUCGAGAUGUGCAAGUAGCCUUGAUGUCAGCCUUCGGAGAUCUUCCCAAAAAGUUAUCCGAAGAUGUUUUCUCAUCGUCCAAACAUACUCCACCUCGGAUUCCUAAAUCCUUGGACAACUAUCUUGGACUACGCGCUACUUGGAUACCACUGAGGAAGUUACAUAAAACGUCGGUUCUACGGUUUCUAGAUCCUUCAGAAAUGGUCACUCCUGCAUUGUGGACCGUGCCAUUUCUUUCUUCAAGUGUGGCAAUGCGCACAAAGAGUAUGCGGAGGCUCUAUGUCACACAAGCGGAUAGCUAUCUUCAACAUCAUGUCAAUCGCUCGGCAAGAUGGACUUGGCAAAAGUUACGUCUGCUACCUCGAGUUCACGAUGAAGACGUUGUGGAAAGCCAUACACCAGAGGCUGAUGCUGCUGAAACAUGCUGGGCGUGGGAUGAGCGCCUCGAUCCGGCUGAUGAUAAUGCAUCAUUCACUACAUCCUUGAGUAUUCGAUUAUCCCAGGAGGCAGAGGAUGCUGAAAUCGAGCCCAGUUCUCCAUCAGACGAAUAUUCUGCUGUUGACACACCUAUGGAGUCUUCAACUUCAUCUUCGGUUACACAUUCCAGAGUACCAGGAUCGUCUCCCGUCAAACAAGACCGUCAUCCAUAUAAACCUCUUCGUACGGCUUCCAUGUCCGCACUUGCCCCACUUAUCACGGCUCAAAUGGGAAAACGCCGAAUUGGCUCUUUCGAUCGUGAACCACAAUCAUCUCCCCUUCAAAAGACCUCUAGCCUAAAGCGUCGCCGUACAUCAAAAUCACCUAUUCGUCCACGUGAUGCCUGGAGUAUUGGUCCCUCAAGUCCGGGGAUUUCUAUAUCGCAAGAGGUUGUAGACUGUAAAAGAGGCGUCACUCCAUCCGCGUACGCUACGCCUUAUAGUAAUGCACCUUAUGUUGAUACAAAUUCCCGUACAAGAAGUUUUCAAACGCAGGAAGAUGCAUUUGGUAACGCGACUUAUAAUGAUAUCAAUAUGGAUGAAGGCUAUGAUGAUAACGCAUUGAGCGAUUUUGAACCAUUUGCCAACGAUGCAUCUGAUGAGGAACAGCAACUUUACGAUGUGUGGGGAGGCAUGGUUGAUGAUAUUCCCAAAGAGGAUUCACAAUCAACAAUCAAGAUGACAACAGCUAGUCUCCUUCCACGAGAACCAGAAGUCAUUGAAGGAGAGGACAGUGAUGAUAGCGAUACUCCAUCUGAAUAUCCUAGUACACAACCUGUUGGGAGAUAUAUCAAAGGGGCCGUUUUUCAAAUUCAUGUUGAUGAAGAUUUUGAAGAUGAACUUGGUUAG